AUAUAUCAUCCGCUCUUUUUUUGUAAUAUCAUCCUUGUUUUUGCCUUGUUUCAGUAGAGCUAGUGACUUUUUUUUUCUUUUUUAUAAUUUAUUUGUUGACAUUCACAUUAAAGAACAGUGUUACAUUCAUUCUGCUGCCUGCAAACAUGGCUGAACCAGUUCUGUGGAAGAAAAUUACUUUGAAAGUUGUUCUGGAUAUUAUAAGUUGUGUUUUGGCAUUUCUUCCUUGGAUCGUGUUGCAAGCAAUAAAUAAGCCGUUCAGAAGGGGAUUCUUCUGCAAUGAUGAAUCUUUGAAGCACCCCUACAAAACCAACACAAUUGAUGCCAACAUACUCACAGUCCUCUGUAUCAUCAUGGGAUUUGUCUUGAUACUGGCCUGCGAGUUGGUGACAUAUUACACUGAGAAGGAGGACCGGGAGGCCCACUUUCAGCUGACCUCGGGCAGGUCCCUACCGUUCUACCUGGUCCGCGUGUACCAGUACUUUGGCAUUUUUGUGUUUGGCAUCAUCGUCCAGCAGACCAUUGUCAACAUCGGGAAGUAUUCAAUUGGGAGACUCCGACCUCACUUCCUUUCCCUAUGCAAUCCAGAUUACUCCCAACUGAACUGCACAGUACCAGGACUGAUCAGCGACAUCUACGUUUAUGUUGAGAGUUACACUUGCGUCGAUGAAAAAAGCAGGAAUGCUGUUGAUUCCAGGUUGUCUUUUCCAUCGGGUCAUUCAUCAUUUUCAGCGUUUAUUGCUGUCUACCUCUGUAUUUACUUGCAGGCUCGAUUCACAUGGCGGGGUGCAGCCCUCCUGAAGCACUUGUGCCAGGCUGCCCUCAUCUACGGGGCCUACUAUGUCUGCCUGUCGAGGGUCAGUGACAACAAACACCAUCCUACCGAUGUCCUCGCUGGGGCAUUCAUUGGAUGCUUCAUUGCUGCUCUGGUGGGCAUCCACACAACCAAGUUGUUCUCGCUAAAGUCCGCCCUGAAAAAGCUCGGCUACUACCCGCCCACCCUCCUUAAGUAUGCCCCCAACCCCGCCGUGGCCUUCAACAACGUCGAGUCCAAUGAGAAUUACGGAGUUUCUGAGAUGUGAGGGAGUACGUAGGGAUCCACUGGUCCUCACGGUGCCAAACACUCGACCAGCUGACUCAAGAAGAGAUUUCUAUUGGCUCAGCGAUACUAAAAUUUGAUUAUAUUAUUUUUUAUUGUUAUAAUAAUAAUUAUUAUUAUUUUUAUUAUUAUUGUUGUCGUUGCUGUUGUUAUAUUAAUACCAUUAUUUUAGUAGCGGAUAAUAUUGUUGCUUCAACUGGCUUUGAUUUUUCACGAACUGCCUUUUUUAAAUUGAUGUCAAGUUUGUCACCAGCAUCGUCAUCGCAUGCAGUGGCUGUAACUUCAAGGUGAUUAUAACGACGACGACGACGAUGAGGCGGCAUUCAAACGCUUCCACCUACACCCAUUAUACAUUUUAUAAACUCAUAAAAACAAUGGAGCAAGUUAUUCAAUUUUUUAGCAUUUAGGUGAAUGAAUGCGACUGACACGCAUUAAAGCGUUAAAAUUCUCACGUCAAAUCACACCGCAAUCAUGUCAUUCACUCAUUUAAACAGGAAUUAUUCUCCACUAGCUAACCAUUGAAAUGAGCAUUGCGAUAUUGUUUAGUAACAUCUUACACGUCUUAUUUGUCACCAGACUUUGUCAUCUUUUUUUUCUUUUUUAUUUUCAAGUUUACUUUAUAAAGAAAAAUUAUUAUACAUUUUUAUUUUGUUUAUGUAGACAUUUUUUAUUAUUUAUAUUAUUUUUUUAUAUAUUUUUUAAUUAUUCAUGCUUUUGUUUCUUACGAUGAAGGAACUCUGCAGGGCUGGCAGUAAUCGAUUUUGUAUGGAAUAAAAACCUGCAUUUGUGUAAUUUAUGUUGAAGUAAUUUGAUGAGAAUUAAUAAUCUUAUUAAACAAUUUUUUUCAAAUAUAUUAAUUCUUAUAAUAAUAAAUUUAGUUACCCAUUUACGUAUUAUAUGUUGCUCAAAAGUUGUAAUGCAUUAAUUAAAAAAAACACUCGUUUGCACUGCCUGCUUUUUUUCGAAACCUGGAUGUCUUGUUUCUUAACUAUCGUUUUGUCAUACCAGAUUUCAAUACCAUUCAUUGUUUUGCAUGAAAAAUAAAAUAGAAAAA